AUGAAGAUGCUUUCAAUUCCGAAGUUGGAACUUCAGGCUGCGCUUCUUGCCAGUCGGCUGAAGGAUGAUAUCGAGAAAGCUCUGACACUGAGUAUUUCCAAAGUGUUCAUGUGGACUGACAGCACAACAGUCCUUCAGUGGUUGAACUCGACAAGCAAACAGCCCGUGUUUUUAGCCAAUCGAGUAGCCGAGAUUCUGGAGUCAACAUCAAUUGACCAAUGGUUUCAUGUUUUGAGUGGAGACAACCCCGCUGACACCGGAACUAGAGGUAUUACUGCUGACUCCCUCAAGCAAAGCAGUUGGCUUCUGGAGCUUAACAACGAAGAAAGAUUGAGCGUCUUAGUGCUCGUGUCAACAACGGGUUAG